AGGGAUAUUUGACGAAGACGGACACGUUGGGACUUCCUGUUAUUGCUUGCGUACUUAAAAAAAGGAGCGUUAUCUUGAGUGCAAUUUUUCUUUCAGUCUAAUUGAAGUUUGAGUUUACUUCCGCUCAGCAUUAAGUCUACAUCAUCCAGAGAUUAUGCCUCUGUCGGAUCGGUCAAGUUCUGACGGCGGGGAAUCUCGGAGUCCUCGGGGCCGGAGACCACGUACUCGCUCCCGCAGCCGAAACCGCAGCGACAGCCGUGAACGAAGCCUUUCUCCGGAUAGCUUCGGGCCUAAACUCCCCAAACUUAGAAACCGAGAGAAGGAACACGAGGAACGGGAACGUCGUUUCAAAGAGGCGAGAAACAUCAGACGGAUACGCAUUGGAAGCCCAGGUCGUAGCCGCUCCAGGUCACGAUCUCGGUCCAGAGAACGUCACAACAACGCCAGUAACAACCACCACCACUGGCACGAGCAGAGGGAUACCCCUGGAAAACACGGCACAUUCAAAGAUGACUAUUAUUACGAGCAGCAGAGGGACGAUGUCCAGCGGCAGAGGCAAGAGGCUUUUAUUGCCAGGCGCCUGCAGGAGAGGGAAAGGAUUGGCGAGCUUGGUUGUCCUGAAGUUUGGGGAUAUUCGCCAAGAGUGAAAGAACCAGACUCUGACGAAUUCACACCUGUAGAAGCAGAUGAGAAAAACAGCAGUUCAGAAUCAAGCUCAGAAGAGGAAAAGAAGAAGAAAAAGAAGAAGAAAAAGAAGUCCAAAAAAAGAAAGAACAAGAAACAUUCGGAGGACAGUGAACUGGAAUCAGAUUCUGAUGAAGAAGAUAUAAAGAAGAAAAAAAAGAAGAAGAAAAGCAAAAAGUCAAAGAAGUCCAAAAAGAAGAAGGCGAAGAAGAGUCGGAAAGAGUCCAGCGAUUCCAGCAGUGAAGAAUCAGAGGAGGAGGAGGAAGAUCCCAAUGGAUUGAUGUGGGUGGAGAAAACAAACGUGGACGAACACAUAGUUGGCCCCGAAGCUCCGCUCACCCAUCUGUCCCAGGACGACAAACCCCUCGAUUUUGGUCAUGCACUGUUGCCAGGUGAAGGUGCUGCAAUGGCAGAGUAUGUAAAAGCUGGCAAACGUAUCCCUAGAAGAGGAGAAAUCGGCCUCACCAGUGACGAGAUUGCAAACUUUGAGAAGUCUGGCUACGUUAUGAGCGGUAGCAGACAUCGUCGUAUGGAGGCUGUGCGUCUGAGAAAGGAAAACCAGAUCUACAGUGCGGAUGAAAAGAGAGCUCUGGCAUCCUUCAACCAGGAAGAGAGGAGGAAGAGGGAAAGCAAGAUCCUGUCAAGCUUCAGGGAAAUGGUUUACAGAAAAACCAAAGGCAAGGAUGAGAAGUGAAUGUUCCAGUUUCUUCUUUGAUUUCUGUAACUAUACACCUUUACUGUUUGAGUUCGGUUUUCUUUCACUCAUCUUAAGUUUCAGUUGAAUGUACAGUGAGAGGCUUUUUAACUGUAAAGUAACAUAUUAGAAGUAUGGAGUUGCUUUGUGUUUUUCAGGAUGUUUAUGCACUCUGAUUGUUCUUUAUUUCCUAUGGUAAAUUUGUUUUAAUUCACCUGAGCAGAAAAGUCAAUAAACUGUCAAUAUUAGUAUCAAUA